GCCUAUUUGCUUCGUGUUUUUUGGUCACCAAACCCUUCAUCUUCUUCGUUUCAGCUUUUUUUUCUCUCAUGUUUCUCGUCUUCUUCUAAACUUUUGUGACCACCCAAAAAAAAAAACGUAACGGAACAAAAAAAAAAAUGCUCCGAUCACGGAAUUGUAAGAUCUCCGCCGCGAACGAAGCCGUUAUUUCUAAUCGUCUUUCAAUUUCUAAUCUCAAAGUUUUAUUCGUUUUUGAAUCCUCGCCAUUGAAUAAUUUGAUUAAUCGUUUUUCCGAUAAGCUUCGUCGUUGAACUUAUCUCCGAUCUCUGCAAAUUUUCUCUCAAAUCUCUCCGAUCUUCCUAAUUGAUUAGAAACUUCUCCAUCGUUUGCUCAAUUAUUUCGGAUUUUUCUCUGUUUCUUUCCAACAAAAUCUUCAAUGGAUAAGAAGAAGAAUUCGUUUCCAGAUAAUCUUCCUGAAGGCACAAUCUCUGAGCUUAUGCAGAAGCAGAACAAUGUGCAGCCUUCUGUUAUUGUGAUUGGUAGUGGUAUAUCAGGUCUUGCUGCUGCUAGGAAUCUCUCUGAAGCAUCUUUCAAGGUGACUGUUCUUGAAUCACGCGAUAGGAUUGGUGGUCGUAUCCAUACGGAUUAUUCCUUUGGUUGUCCUGUUGAUAUGGGAGCUUCAUGGUUACAUGGAGUCUCUGAUGAGAAUCCCUUAGCUCCCAUUAUACGCCGUUUAGGACUGACUUUAUACCGAACUAGCGGGGAUGACUCCAUCUUGUAUGAUCAUGAUCUGGAGAGUUAUGGACUUUUUGACAUGCAUGGGAAUAAAAUUCCGCCGCAGUUGGUUACUAAAGUUGGAGAUGCAUUCAAGAGAAUUCUCGAAGAGACGGAGAAAAUAAGGGAUGAAACUGCCAAUGACAUGUCUGUUCUUCAAGGAAUAUCUAUCGUCUUGGAUAGAAAUCCAGAACUAAGGCAAGAAGGGAUGGCGUACGAAGUUUUACAGUGGUACUUAUGUAGGAUGGAGGCGUGGUUUGCUGUAGAUGCGAAUUUAAUUUCACUAAAAUGUUGGGAUCAGGAUGAAUGUCUUUCAGGUGGUCAUGGUCUAAUGGUGCAGGGUUAUGAGCCAGUGAUCAGAACAAUUGCAAAAGAUCUUGAUAUUCGCUUGAACCAUAGGGUUACUAAAGUUGUAAGAACAUCUAAUAACAAGGUGAUAGUCGCAGUUGAAGGCGGAACCAAUUUUGUUGCUGAUGCUGUUAUUAUUACGGUUCCAAUCGGUGUUCUCAAGGCAAAUCUAAUUCAAUUUGAGCCAGAGCUCCCACAAUGGAAAACCUCUGCGAUAUCGGGUCUCGGUGUAGGCAAUGAGAAUAAGAUUGCCUUGAGAUUUGACAGAGCGUUUUGGCCUAAUGUGGAGUUCCUCGGGAUGGUGGCACCGACUUCUUACGCAUGUGGCUAUUUUCUGAAUCUUCACAAGGCAACAGGCCAUCCGGUGCUUGUUUAUAUGGCUGCAGGGAAUCUAGCACAAGACCUCGAAAAGCUAUCUGAUGAAGCUACAGCAAAUUUCGUGAUGCUGCAACUUAAGAAAAUGUUUCCAGACGCACCUGACCCGGCUCAAUAUCUAGUGACACGGUGGGGAACGGAUCCAAAUACAUUGGGGUGUUAUGCGUAUGACGUAGUAGGAAUGCCGGAAGAUCUGUACCCGAGGCUAGGAGAGCCGGUUGAUAAUAUUUUCUUCGGAGGAGAAGCCGUGAACGUCGAGCAUCAAGGAUCCGCUCACGGAGCUUUCUUAGCAGGAGUCUCGGCCUCGCAGAAUUGUCAAAGGUAUAUCUUUGAACGACUCGGGGCUUGGGAGAAACUCAAGCUUGUUUCUCUUAUGGGGAACAGUGACAUUCUCGAAACUGCAACUGUGCCUCUCCAAAUCUCCAGGAUGUGAUUAUAUCUGCUUAACAGACAGAAGCAGGGUUCCAAUUUAUUUUUCUCCAUCUGAACAAAUAAAAAAACAUUCAUCAAUUGUGAAUGUGAAGUCAUGUUUUUUUUUCUUUUUCUUGUUCUAUGAUAGAUCUCUCGAUGGGUUAUAUAAACUGUUUAUAAUUCAAUGAUCUAAACAUGUUUACCAGUCUAGUAAAUCUCUUUACAAUUAUUGUUGCUUUUCUUUUUUGAUCGAUUAAUCUUUCUUUUGUCAACAUGUUUUAUAAAUAAAUAAGUUAUGCACAUCACAUGUUAGCUGUUGUUACAUGGAUUUUGUAAAUAUAAUUUUACUUCAGAAAAUGAAAUACGUCAUC